CGUAAAGAAUAAUGGCCAAACGUAGUCAGGUGAAUCGAGCUUGUAGCCAGGCUGGAAGGGCCAGUAGUGCUUGAUACUGAUCCUGUACUCUUGAGGAGAAUUGCAGUCCACACAGUCCCUGUACAAGCUCAGGGCUUCGAGACAGCUCAUCGAGUAGAACAGAAGGAAUAUUAUUAAUAGUCGCUGCAUCUGAAAGGACUCUCUCAGGUCACAGCAGAUAUGGGUGAAAAUAGUCAUCAUUCAACUUCUGAUUACGAGUACCUUUAUGCAAAUUCAUGUACCAGUAUAUCCGCCCCCGGUAAUGAUACCACCACCUCCAAUUCAGGUGGCAGUCGCAAUGCCUAUACCCAUAGUAAUCAAGACAACCACAACUACAACAACAGAGAGCCCUGUCGCUUUCGCCUACCCCGUUCCGGUUCCCAUGCCGGUACAAAUGGCAAUACCAGCACAUCCACCCCCACAGUUUUGUCAAGCUAAACCCAGGCCCAAAAACUGCCCUCCCUGCCCACCUUGUGUUUGUAUGCCAUCCUGCACUCCAUCAUUCUUUUCAUACUGUUCACCAUGUCACCAAAAAUGUAGGUGCCGCAACGGUAUGGAUGCACCUAUGCCCCAGCCCCUAGUCCCACCACAGCCAGUCCCAGGGCCCGCGUUUGCCAUGCCCGCCCCAAUGCUGCCGCCACCGCCUCCGCCGAUUAUGAUGGUCCCCGUGCCACCGCUGAUACGCCGGCGGCCGAGACCACGACCAGUAACAUCAAGUGACUCAAGUGAGGGCUGUGGUAGUGAUACUGACUCCGACAGCUCUGCAGGUUGGUAUGUUCGCGCAAAGAGACGCCGCCGGCUAAGGAGGUGGAGGGGAAAGAAAUGGAUGAAUAGACGCAUGGGGCGCAAUAGACAGCUAAGUGAUUUUAGUGAUGGCGAAGUCAUUAAGCCAGUACUAACGUAUCUUGCUAACAAUGGAGACAUAAAAAUAAGAAAAAGGCUCAGUAAUAAUGAGGCGGAGCGACUGGUGGACGAUAACGAGAUAGACGAUGGAAGAAGGAGACAAAAAUACGACAUCGUAACAGGUCGCGGAAGAAAUCCAAAGUCAAACGUUUUAUUGGUGUCUGCCGGUGAAGACGAGGAAUUUAGUGGUGAUAGAAAAAGACACGUUGUACUACGGAGUGGCAUUAUAAAUCGGAAAUUAAAGGCAGGCAGGAAAGAACUUAUUUUUAAGCCUCCAGUGGAUAAGAAAAUCACAAAUCUGUCAGUGUCCUUCCAAGUAGCCGAUAGACGAUAGCAGUUAAUGUUCAGUAAUAUUGUGAUAC